GGCAGCGGGGGCCAUGCACGGCAGAUCCUGCGCGGCGCAGCCCCUGUCGCUAUGGUAGCGGGGGCCUUCCCCUGGGGGCGGCUCGCAUCAUGGCGGCGUCCUUGCUGAGCGCGGCGCGGCGCGGCGCGCGGCCCUUCGGCACGGCCGCCGCGCUGUGCAAGCGGGCAGCCCCGCUGGGACCGAUGCCCAACGAACGUAUCGACGUCAGCAACUUGGAAGCGCUGGAAAAAUACCGCAGUUUCACUCGCUACUUCAAAUUGGCGGAAAAGGAGAGUAGGAAGCCCCGGUGGUGGAACACGUACCGGCAGCACACCAGCCCCCAGCCAGAGCCAAAGACUGACAUCAGCCUGCCACGUGAUAAGCUGCUGCGGGCAAAAGAAAUCAAGAAAAGAAAAAAGAUCUUCAGGGAGAACCACCAGAAUACCGAGAUGGAAAGAGCAGCCCGGCUCCAGACUGUGCUGAUUCCUCUCAACGAAGUCAGAGCUGAGUGGGAGAAGAGCAGUGGCCCAUUCCACAAGCAGCGUGUAGCAGAGCACUGCGGGAUAUUUCGUGACUUGUUCAAGGGAGCCACGUUCACCCCUUGGGUUACCUUGAGGGUGGAGUACAGCCAAGAAGAUGAGCACCUCGUGCCAGUGUACUAUGGGAACAUGGUAACUCCGUCAGAGGCUUCUGGUCCCCCUGCAGUGUCAUAUGAGGCAGAUAAAGGCUCCCUCUGGACUUUGUUGCUCACAAAUCCAGAUGGACAUCUAAGGGACACAGACUCGGAGUAUCUCCACUGGCUGGUGACGAAUAUCCCAGGCAACGACAUUAAGUUGGGUAAGGAGAUCUGCCACUACUUGCCGCCCUUCCCUGCUAUGGGAACUGGCUACCAUCGCUUCAUCUUCCUCCUCUUCAAGCAAGACUGCCUCAUAGAUUUCAGCGAGGAUGUUCGGCCGAUGCCAUGCCACAGCCUCAAGAUGCGAACCUUCAGCACAUUUGACUUCUACAAAAAGCACGAGGAUGCAAUGACUCCAGCAGGGCUGGCAUUUUUCCAGUGUCAGUGGGACAGCUCUGUUACUUGGGUCUUCCAUCAGCUUCUCAAUAUGAGAGAGCCUGUAUAUGAAUUUGUGCGGCCGCCCGUUUACCAUCCUCCGCAGUUGAAGUUCCCGCGCCACCAGCCUCUGAGGUACCUGGACAGAUACCGAAACACCCAGGAGCCCACCUACGGCAUUUAUUAGGGACCCGGCCACCUCUCGCAGCGCUUGGGCAUAAGCUAGGUGCUGGCCAGGCAGAUGGGGCUGCCAGUGUUCCUGCGUUCACACAGCUGGGAGUCAUCUGCACCUCUGGAGGGAGAUAACAAAGUCUCAGCCCCUCAGCUCCCAGUUCCCCUGUGCUGGCAGUGCUGGGAAGUGUGCAGCUGAGGGCAGCAGGGCUUGCAGUGCUGGCAGCUGCGUGGUCAAAAGGCUACUUAAGUAAAGACAGAUGAAAGCAAAUCCAUGGCCAGGCUGAAAUCUUGCUACUCAUUCUAUGGGAGAGCUGAUCAGUAUGGAUUGCAGGGUAGAGUCCUCCCAGAGAUGCCCUGCUUUGCUUCUCUGCAGGGAUCACAGUUCUGCUGUUGCCUGUUUGUGGAACAAACAGAGCCAGGCCAGCCUGGAUUUCCUUCUCUUGGAGCGCUGCAGUUUAGGACUGUGUUGGCUUUCAUUUGUGCAGUCCUUUUAGAGAUGAGUUUGAUUAAACACCCUGAGUGAGGCUGGUAAGAGGUGUCUUUAUUGGGAAGAGCUUAGUAAUUUGGCCAGCUGGCACGGAGCUGAGGAGCUCAGCAGGGUGCACUAACAAUAUGAUCGCAUAACAACCUUAAUUUUCUGGGUCAAAACACUCGUCAUAGCUGAGGACAUGAGUCUUACCAAAAGGUGACCCUUCUGGGGAGGGUGAAGAGUACAAACCCAUCCAUCUGUCCCUGCGAUCUGGUGUCAAAUUUUCACCCCCCACUUAGGGACAAAGUUGGGAUACCUUGUUAACUAUUAUUGUACAAAGUGCUGAAGGUGGGACUGUGCUCAAACCCUCCAUUCCUUGUUGUGUUGUACCGCUUAUUUCUUGGUAUCAGGUGACCCGGUACUUAGUAGCAGGUGUACAAAACAUUUAUUCGUAUCAAGCAGAAGAACAGGACUGUGCAGCAUCUGCCCUGCUUCAUGUUCCUCCCCAGUGCCACAGCAGCACCAGCCACCGGACCUCAUCUGGUUUCCAUGCCUGCUUUAGUCACCCUGGGCCUCAUCACCCACCUUGAGCUUUUGCAUUUUCCUCACUGAUUCAUGUUUCUGGCACCAGGCUGUGGAGGGACUCUGCUCUCUGCUGGGCUCUUUGUGGAUACUCUGAUCACAUGUUCAAACCCCCGAAUAAAAACAUGCUGCUGCAACUGCA